AUGGAGGCUGAGACUGCGUUGACCAAAGGAAUUGCGUUAUGCGAAAAGCACCGAUUUCAGGAUCUGAAGUAUUCCAUGCAGUUCCUUCUUUUGAAGGUUCUUUUCCGCAGAAACCGCAAAGCGGCUUUUAUCGCAGUCGAUAAGCAAAUCUCCGAAUCUUUGACUUAUAAGCAGAUCCAGUGGGUGUAUGCUUUUCGCUUCCUCAGAGCAUCAUUCAGCUUGCAAUCAGGCACCCCAGCAGACGCGCCUGCCCUCGAGAAUCUUCGCAGUAUCAGUGGAAUCGCCAGUCACAGACAGGAUCGGGCGAUCUUCAUGGUCACAGCUCUUCUCGAAGGCUUGACACAUCUAAAGUCUAGGAAGGCGGACAGCAUCGUUCGUGUGCAGACUUGUAUCGCAGAAGCAUCAAAAUUCCAGUCUGAUCCCUCCUUUCAUAUUCCUCAGUUGGAAGUACUGAGACUUCUGCUGGAUCUUGCUUGCGAUCUUCAAGAAAAAAACCCUGGCGGCUCCUUAUCCAAGAUGAAGGCGCUGCAGGCUCGGAUGGAUGAACUUAUCAAGACUUCUGAUUGGGACGCGAGCUUGACUGAGCUUGUGCUACCUAUGAAGAAGCAAUCUGGCUUGUCACAGACAAUCAGUGAGGACACGGGCACAAUACUGCGCCCAGGAAGAGACGAUCACGAUUUUCUUGUCCUGUCGUUUGUAACAAAGCUUCAGGCUUUCGUUUUGGCAUACUGCUUCAGUGGUGUGGCACUCUUGUAUAAGUCUUCAACAAGUAUGACCAGUUCCGAACUUUGGGAGGAGGCUUUAGGUAUGCUCGCGAAAAGCCAUACUCAGAUGCGUGGUCGUCCCGCUUCACUCCAAGGAGCCAUAGAACAUGUCGAUUGGGCUGGAGAGGUCAGCUCCUACAUAUAUAUCCUGAUUGGAUUAACCUCUGCUACACACAGCAACUGGUCUAAAGCCAAAGAGUGCAUCGACAAAGUGGAAAACAACAAAUCUCCCCUCGGACAAACCCUAGAGCUCCUGGCGCUUUACUUGUCUGGGUGCUACUAUCAAGGUGUUGCAAAACUUGAUCAAGCCCUGCAAAUUUUCGAGGACCCUCGCUUCAACAUUGAUGGCUCUGCAGCCGCCUUCGGCGGCAGCGAGCCUGGCCCUGCUGAAGUCUCGGUGCUGGCGGCUCUCAAUCGCCUCUGGAUCAUGCAGGAGCCCUCGCACAGAGACGAUUACAAGACUGCUGAAUUAAUUGAACAGCUCCGUCCAUAUUGUAUGGACAGUCCUAACAAAGAAAUCCAGAUAGCUUGGAACCUCGUGCUAGCCGCGAUUCACACCAAUCCGGCCUUGUCGAUUAAUCAAGUCAAAAAGCAUAUCCAGGAGGGACUGAAGAGUUCCCAGCACACAAACAACACUCAUUGUUUAUCUAUUGCGCUGAACAUUAUGAGAUACCGGCUCUUCGAGAAUGUGGUUGGGGACCAGGCGGUCAAAAGUGCUAGAGCAGGGUCUGUACAGGCGGAGAAGAGCGGCAAUCUACUGUGGAUGAGCGUUGCCGAUGGCAUGCUGUCACAGUCGUACGAGAUGCAAGGUGCCGUGGCAGAAGCGCAAGCCAAGAGGGAGUCUGGAACGCGGUUUGCAAACGAAGCUCUUGCUAAGACCAUGAGCUGA